AUGGACUCUGUUCAGGAAAUUUUCACUGCCAAGGCCACCACCUUCUUGCCUAACGACAAGUCGAAUGAAACCAAGACUGUUCCUGUUAACCAGGAGAUUGAUGAUGGUUCGGGCCCUAACGGUGUUUUCUACUGCGUCAUUGCCUAA